GUCUGAACACAUUUAGGGUGAGUGACAUAGGUUGGAAUGAAGAUGUUAACAGUUUGUAUGUUAGAGUUAUAGAAUUAGGUAUUAACAGGACUAGUUGUGAACACAGUCAAAGUAGAGACAAUCCUUGUAAGGAACCACAAAGUCAUUCAAAAAAAUAACCUAAAGAAUACGUUUUAGGAUUAGAAUAAAAAAGGAGAACGUGGUAAUGCAUUAGCCUACUAGGUAAAGUAAAAAAAUAUAAAUGUCAUUUGGAAAAACGUUGGAGUGACGGCCUGGAAAACCAUGUUGGGUUGAGCUGUACAAGAGCAUUACACAGUCAAUAAUAUAUAUAUAUAUAUAUAUAUAUAUAUUAGUUUUACAUUAAGUGAAGUACCACGGAUGUAGUUUUGUUUAAAAAGUCCAAAUGAGAGACUGAGAGAAAUGUGUGCGCGCGUGUGUAAAAAGUCAUGAAUAAAAGGCCCAUUUUAUUCCCACAUGUCAAUGCGCGCCCCGGCCGGCUGAAAAAAGAAAAACAGGUAAACACUAUAAAAAAUGUCAAUUACAUUUAAUCUGAUUCUCAGCCUCACGCCACUAAUGCAGAGCCACCUGUUUAGAACAUGCACGUGUUGCACCCACCGGUCGUGGCACAUUUCCACGCUGCCAUAAACCACAGACACGUUGUCUUUGAAUCGAAUAAAUUAAAGAAACCUUGCUUUUCUAUUGGCUCCACAGCUCAGAGCAGACACUCAGUGCAUUGUGUUGCAUGGAUAUUUUCUUGCAGCGGACAGGUGGGUGGGGCUGCGGAUUUUGGGGAGGUUAAUCCACGCAGAUGGGUGGGUUCAUGUGUAGGUUGGAGAGCCGGAGCUUCCUCUCGCUCACUGCGGGCACUGGCUUUUCCCUGCAGCGGAUAUAGGAGGAGAAGAGAGCGCGCGCACAGAGCCGACACUACUGCAGAGGAGACACGGGCUGUUUUCCUUCUACCCUUAAAGUAUUUUGUUUUUUAUAUUUUUAUUUUUUGUGCUGGAGCAACUCUCCCGAGGGAACCGUCGUGCAUGGUCCAUCCUCUGCUGUCGUGUUGUGUGCUUCGCCGCGGGUGGAUUUCUGUGAAUCGCUGCUGUUGAAAGGGAAGGUUUUGCGCACUCGCUCUCCCACCUUGAGGAUUCACUGCCGUUUCCUUCUUUCUACGCAUCCUUCUCUCCUAAGGUGGGAUGAAUUUGGACCGAGUCGCAGAGGCAGCGAGAGCACCGCCGCCCCGCGACGUGGCCCCCGCGUUUCAUUUACCCAGAACGUCAAACAGCAGCCGGGAAACGUUAGAGAACUCAAGCAGCGAGUCUUCAGACACAGAGCUGGCAGAAAAGGAGAGGAGCGCCGAGCACAGGAGCGAUGACGGCAACGCGGACGACCCCAAGAAGAAGAAGCAGCGGCGGCAGAGGACUCACUUCACCAGCCAGCAGCUGCAGGAGCUGGAGGCCACGUUCCAGAGGAACCGCUACCCGGACAUGAGCACCAGGGAGGAGAUCGCGGUGUGGACGAACCUGACCGAGGCCAGAGUGCGGGUGUGGUUCAAAAACCGCAGGGCCAAGUGGAGGAAGCGGGAGCGGAACCAGCAGAUGGACCUGUGUAAGAACAGCUACCUGCCGCAGUUCAGCGGCCUGAUGCAGCCUUACGACGACAUGUACCCGGCCUACACGUACAACAACUGGACCAACAAGGGCCUGGCGCCGGCGCCGCUCUCCACCAAGAACUUCACCUUCUUCAACUCCAUGAGCCCCCUCACCUCACAGUCCAUGUUCUCUGCGCCCAACUCCAUCUCCUCCAUGACUAUGGCCUCCGGGAUGGGCCACUCCGCCGUGCCGGGCAUGCCCACCCCGGGUCUGAACAACAUCAGCAACCUAAACGGCAUCGGCACAUCUGGCAUCAACUCGGCCAUGUCCUCGUCCGCGUGUCCGUACGGACCUCCCGGCUCUCCGUACAGCGUUUACCGGGACACUUGUAACUCCAGCCUGGCCACGCUCAGACUCAAAUCCAAACAGCAUCCGACCUUCGGCUACAGCGGCCUGCAGAGCCCGGGGUCGAGCCUGAACGCCUGUCAGUACAACAGCUGAUGUGGGCCCUUCCAUUAAAAAAAAUAUAAAUAAAUAAAAAAAAUAUAAAUAUAUAAAUAUAUAAGCGAUGGACGGAGCGGUGUCAGAGCGCCGUCUGGAGGAGGCGGAGGGAAAUCUAAGAGACAACUGGAUGAGUUGCAAUCACUUUUCUCAUAAACAGAAAACAUGGAUGAUGCGGGUUUUUUGUGUUUACCAGUGAACUUGCACAGCAAUUGAAAUGACCAUUUUGUUGUUUUUCUAUAAAUAAUGAAGACGUGUACCAUUGCUGCAUUGUACAUUUAUAAAUGUAAAUAUAUACUGGCUUAAAACUCAAAAUACACACGGUGGGAUUUUUUUGAUUUUCUUAUGUUUUGGGGGCAAAUGCUUGCUGUAAAGACUGGCUUUUGGGCAUUUUCGACCAAAAUAAGGAUUUUCAAAACACAAUAUCGAGUCUGCCGUGACUCCCGACUUAAAAAAAGAGGAAAGAAGAAGAAAUCUAAACUUAUGUUGUACACAUUUUAUACCGCUUCUCUGUGCUUUGGCUCCACCUCGCCUCCCGUUCUGUCAACUCUACUUUUUUUUUUGCAGGGGAAAAAAAGGAAGAAGCAAAUCCCGCAUGUUUGACUUGUGUUAAGACUUUGCAGAAGUAAGUUCAUUAGCCUAAACUGUAUACAAAAAAAAUGAUUCCAAGUCCUCGUGUGUUUAUGGUUAAAAUGUUUGUUUGAAUAAACUGCAAGAAAAGAGGUUUAUUUCAA